GGAACCGGUUAGCGGGGGCCGCCCGGGGCGGCUGCUGCUGCUGCCGCCGCUGUUGCUGUCUGCGGUUGCGGCGGAGGCUGCGGCGCUGCCGCCUGGGUGCGUGCGCGGAGCGGGCCCGGCGGCUGCGCGGGGCGGGGGAGGAGCGCGGCGGCCCCGCCGCCGGCGAUGGGGCUGUGCUUCGGCGGGCCCUGCGCUGCCAGCCCGCGCAGGAGGGCUUAGCUGCCGCAGCCCACGCCGGCGGGCCGCGCUGCGGGGCUGCCUCCGCGGAUGAACGGCCGCGGGGACUCGCCGGCCAGUGCAGCCGCAGGGCGCCGCAGCCGCCGCCUCUUCCCCCGCCGCUCCUCCUCGUCUCCGGCGCUGCCCAUGGCUUCCCGCCGCCCCUGCUGACCGGCCGCCCCUCGCCUCCUCCCGAGCCGGGCCGGGCCGGGGCCGGGCAGAGAAGAUGGGGAACACCACCUCUUGCUGCGUCUCCUCUAGCCCCAAGCUGCGCAGGAAUGCCCACUCCCGCCUGGAGUCCUACCGCCCCGAGGCCGAGCUGAGCCGGGAGGACACGGGCUGCAACCUGCAGCACAUCAGCGACCGAGAGAACAUCGACGAUUUGAACAUGGAAUUCAAUCCAUCAGAUCAUCCACGAGCCAGUACGAUAUUUCUCAGUAAAUCACAAACAGAUGGAAAAUUAUUGAGAGAAAAACGCAAGAGUCUCUAUAUAAACCACCAUCCUCCUGGGCAGUUGAGAAGGAAGUACAGCUCCUGCUCCACUAUUUUCCUGGAUGACAGCACAGUCAGUCAACCAAACCUCAAGUAUACCAUCAAAUGUGUAGCUCUUGCAAUAUAUUACCACAUCAAAAACAGGGAUACAGACGGAAGAAUGCUCUUAGAUAUUUUUGAUGAAAACCUUCAUCCCCUUUCGAAAUCCGAAGUGCCACCAGACUAUGACAAACAUGACCCGGAGCAGAAACAGAUUUACCGCUUUGUUCGGACGUUGUUUAGUGCUGCUCAACUGACUGCUGAAUGUGCCAUUGUCACCCUGGUAUACCUUGAAAGACUUUUAACUUAUGCAGAGAUAGAUAUUUGUCCAGCAAACUGGAAGCGAAUUGUCCUGGGUGCAAUUCUACUGGCAUCCAAAGUUUGGGAUGACCAGGCAGUGUGGAACGUGGAUUACUGCCAGAUCCUGAAAGAUAUCACGGUCGAAGACAUGAAUGAGCUGGAACGCCAGUUUCUUGAGCUGUUGCAGUUCAAUAUUAAUGUUCCCUCCAGUGUUUAUGCCAAGUAUUAUUUUGAUUUGCGUUCCCUGGCAGAAGCAAAUAACCUGAGUUUUCCUUUGGAGCCCCUCAGCAGAGACAGGGCGUAUAAACUUGAGGCCAUUUCCCGCUUGUGUGAAGAUAAAUACAAGGACUUCAGGAAAGCCGCAAAGAAACGGUCAGUCAGUGCUGACAAUCUGACUGUGGUUAGAUGGUCCCCUGCUAUUAUCUCCUAACAGAGGAGACUGGAAUAUUCCUAUGGACGUACUGUUUCAUCCAUCCAUUUUUUUUCGGGGUGGGCUGGGGGUGGGGGGCUAAAGAAAAAAGACUUUUGAUUUUUUUAUUUUUAAAUCUGUCAAGCUGCCUUUACAGUGCCUCCCCAUUGUGUAGCACACGAAUAAAUACCUAGUGGAAGGAGAAUGGAGAAAUCCGUGUUCGGGAGAGAAGAUGGGCAACACUUUUUUUCUCACUCUCACUAACAGCUUUACCCUUUUUAUGAGGAAACAGCAAAUCAGGUGCUUGGAAGAAGAAACAAAAAAAUGAAGUAGAGGCAGAAAUAUAUUUAAGAACUGUGCCAUUUUCUAGUAAGCUGUACUCAUGAAGAGAAAUGGCAGCAUGAAAACAAACCAUGUAGUCAGAUGACUGUGCUCUAGAGGAAUGAAGUUGGGAGAGUUCCAUCAUAAAGGUUUCUCUUAAUAUCUUUUUUUAAUUUUUUGUUGGGUUUCUUUUUUUUUUAUUUUGCAUUCCUCAUUGCUGCUUCCCAGGAUAAAUUCUUCCCCUUGCACAGCAAGAAAUACAAAGUCUGUAUUUACAGUAGCACAAGCCCCUGAAUAAAUAGCGUUGGGUUUUUUCACUGCACUUUUCUCUGUAAGCUGUCUUAUUAGCAUUAUUCUUCAUAAUUAUUAUGCAUAUGUUAUAUUUCUUGUAUGCCUUUUAUUGUAUUUCAAAAGAGAGAACUUGACCAUAGUGCUGAACCAAAAGUGUGUACAGGGAUCAGAAGAUCUUCGUAAUUUCAUGAUGUGUUUUAUUUAUAGUAUACUUGGGUGCGUGUGCCUUCCUGAGUUCUUGGAAUCAUUUAUUUUUCCUUAAUAUAAAGAUACAGUUAUUAAAGUAUUCAGAUGAUGAUGAUAAGACUUGGGCCAAAUCUCUGAAGUUUGCAACAGAUCUUGUGAUCCUUUUUGCAGAUUUUCAUAGCAUUAGAAGUUAGCAGAAUUCAUUCUGAGGGAGAUUAUUUUGGUUUUGUAUGGCCUGACUAGUUCAUUCCUUCACCUCCAGGUCCAUUGUUGCAAGCAAUAUUCUCGAUUUUUAUAUGUUUACUUUAAAUCAAAGUGAGUCUGUUUGUAUAAAAUAAAAAAUAAUAAAAAAAAUAAUUCCAGUGAGAAGGCCUGUAGAAGAGCAGGAUGGAAAUCUUAACAAGAUAGUUGUCACAAAUAGAUUUGAUUUUGAAGCUAAAACACAGACCCUCAUGUUCUUCAUCCUAGGUGCUUAUAGAAAUUAACAGUAACCGAACUGUGAACAUAAUUUUCAACUCUGAGUAUUACGCUCUUCUGUUGUUGUUACUAGUUCCCUUUUACUGUGGCUGUUGCCGCCUUGGAAUUUGUAAGAAACUUUUAUAGAAAAUAAGUUGUCAGUAUAAGCAUAUUUGCUUUAUCAUUUCCCAGGGUGAUUUCUCCCCCCCCACCCUCCCCUUUCUUUUUCUUUUGCACAGUUUAGACAAAUAGAGCUCAAAACUCUCAGUUCCUUGAAAUCCUUUCUUUGUGACUAUCAAUCACUGAAAUGAAUGGCAACAGAUGUCCCUGAUUUAUGCACUACUGUGGUAAACCAUAAAGAUUCCAUAUUUGUUUUAUUAAGCCCUAUGGGCUUGUAGCAAACCUAGGGGCCCAGAGCUGCACACUUGACUUCCAGUGCAAUGCUAAUCAGAUGCCUUCAGGCAGAGGGGCACUGACAGGAUUGAAGUAGUAAUACCAAACAGUUUUCUGUUAACUUUCUAAUGUGAUUUGUGUAGUUUGAGACAUGAAGGUUUUGUCCAUAAAUUCUCCUGACAUCCUUUGGGCCUUUAAAAUAAUCUCAUUCUCAUCACUUCUUGUUGUGCCAAUGCAUCAGAACUGUGAGUAUCCAAGUCCAUUUUUCCCUUGAACGUGGAAUGUAAGGAAAGUGUUUAUAACAAUACAAAUGCAAAUUACAGCAUUUGAAACCUCUUUACAGAUAGUAUCUAAAGGAACAUUUUCAGAGCAUUUGAAACUCAUCCUUUAUAAGCAUAAAUUUAGGCUUUAAAAUAUGUAAAAUAUUUUGAUUUAUCAACACUUUGCUAAACUAUUUUCCAUUUAACUUGAUAUCAGGAAUAUUGGUUUUAUCCAUUUCUGGGUGAUGGAGAUAUGAACUUUGGAUUAUGUAAAGAUCUCAAUGCAUCAACUAUAAUUUUUGUGAAGUUUAUUAAACUACUUUAAAGAUUGUAUAGUCUAUUUAUUGUAUGUAUGUACAUACAGUCUGAUACUUUAAAAAGUGGAUUCCGUAAAACCUGGCUCAGUCUUGUUUAGACUAUUGAAUAUCGUUUUAGCCUUGUGCACUGGAUUCUACCUCUGUAUAGGAGAAUUUUCCAUAUUCUUAAUUAGUACUGAUUCUGUGAUUAACUUGGUUAUGUUUCUUGCACUAAGAAUUAAAAAAAAAAAAAAAAUCUGCUGUAAGUGUGGAUUUUUUUCUUUAGUUUAAGUUUUGCCAGAUGAAUCCUCUACAUUUCAAUGGAUGUUUCUUUCCCUCGUGGUUAUAGAAUAAUUCUUUGCUUUUUUUUCUGGUUUGUUCCGAGGUUGCCAAAAAAUACAGUACCUGUCAGUAAAUCUUAAGGAGUGUCUUUUGUUUGCAAGGUAUUCUAUACCAUGUAAUUAAAAACGAAUUAUUAUUUAGGAUUAUGUUGUGUUCAGUGUAGUUUUUUAAACGUUACUUAUGGAAAAUGCCAUUGCAAGGCUAGAGAGUCAUCUCUAGAAGAUGAGAAGGGAGGAGAACCGAAUAGCGUUUUAAUUAACAGCACAAAUACAUUGUGAUUUUCAUUUCAGAACUUGAAAUUCUAUUUGCUGUAAAUGUUUUCUGGAUUAAGAUUUUUGUUACUGCUUUGGUCACCAGCUCAGAAACGAAAAGGUGUAGGAGAUGAUGUAAUAAACCUGUCCCUUCAAGCA